AUGGCGCUCCCGGUCGCUGUGGUCACCGGUGCGAACUCCGGCCUGGGCCUGGCCCUGUCCGUGAAGCUGGCAAAGAGCCACCUGGUGUUGGCGGGCAUGAGGAACUUGACGAAGAAGGACCAGUUGCUGGAAGCGGCGGCCGCCGCGUCGGUGGCGGCCAAUGUGAAGCCGGUGGAGCUGGACGUGAACGUCGAUGCAUCGGUGGAGGGAAGCUUGGCGCCCGCCUUGAAGGAGGCUGGGCGAGUGGAUGUCUUGGUGAACAAUGCUGGCUAUAGCCAGGCAGGCAGCGUGGAGUUUCUGUCCAUGGACGCGGUGAAGGCGCAGUUCGAAACGAACCUCUUCGGUGUGAUCCGGUGUCAGAAAGCAGUGCUGCCCUAUAUGCGAGAACAGAAGAGUGGGAAGAUCAUCAACAUCUCCUCAGUGGGAGGUAUUUGGGGUCAACCCUUCAAUGACGUGUACUGUGCCUCCAAGUUUGCCUUGGAAGGGAUGGUCGAAAGCCAGGCGCCUGUUUUCAAGACCUUCGGCGUCUAUUGCUCCUGUGUAGAGCCGGGCGCCAUCAAGUCAGCCUUCUGGAGCAAUGCGCAGGUGCCGGAGUUUGCUUCGAUGCCGGCGGAGUAUCAGAAGCCUUUGCAGUCAACCAUGGCGGCCUAUGGCAAGUCGGGUGCAGCUGGACAGACCCCUGAGGAGGUGGCCGACAUCAUCAUUGAGAAGAUCGUCCAGGUCGGUGAGCCACCAGUACGCCUGCAGACCAACCCGGCGAUCCAGAAAGUCUUUGAACAGCAGCUGGGACAGAAUCUCUCGGGCUCCGCUGGGCUUCAGAUGUCCACGACGCGCUUUCUGAGUGAUUUGUGA